UAAGUGUUUUAAAGUCAAACGUACGGUUUAAAAGUUUUUUCUUUAUCGGUUUAGUAUGAUAUUAUCAUACGUAUACUAUUAUUGAAUUUAAUGCGUAACUAAUUGAAUUGUUGAAUAAAGUAAAAAAAAAAACAAAACAGAAAACGAAAAUUAAAAUGAAUUUUCUGGCAACGUUUUAUGGGACUUUUUGUAUAACUAUUGUAUUUGUGCUAAGCGGGCAACAGGUGUCUGGAGCCAAUUUACUUAAUAGUUAUUUGCCGGCCUCCAUGCAGGCUUUAGCCUACUAUAUCGAUCAUCUGCAAUAUGAGCCUUUGUCAUCAACAACUGUGGAGCCACCCUUUAGUGAUAACACCGAGGAAACAACUAACAAGUAUGGCAGCAGUGGUCCCACCUCAACCACAACAACUCGACGUCCUAUCACAUCUACAACAUCCAGUUGGUGGCAUCCCCCUGCCUGGUGGGGUCAACCUACAACUACAACAGAGAAACCUGGCCAGAAACCAACACCACCUCAUAAGCCGGCUUUAUAUGCACCAGAUUUAAGCAAUCUAUUAAAAGGACCAGCAGAAGGUUAUGACAUAUUCUAUGAAUUGGGCAGUACACCCGAAGGAUUUAAUAAUUUGCCACUAUCAUUAAUACGAGACAUAAUAACUGAAAUAAAUCAUGAUGAUUUUAAUAACGAUGUCGAAUCUCUGGAUAAUUUCUUGCGUUUAUAUGAUGACAACUAUGGACGUGCCACUUUAGAUGCCGAUUCCGCUAUGGAUCGUUGGUCUACUACCUCGACUGCGGGUAAAAAACGUGUUCCUCCCACCAAACCUUAUGUAGAAUUUUUAUUAGUCUAUGAUCUUUUAAAACGUGAUGCUAAAUCUUCGAAUCUAAGUAAAUAUGAGGGAUAUUCAAAUGAACUCUUAAAGGAUCUCAAUGAAUUAUCGCAUAUGUCUUCGCAACGUCAACUCUAUACACUUUUCAAACGUAUGCUGGAACGCGGUGACAUUCAACGUAGUGAUGUUGUAUCUCGUAUCCAAGGCAUUGUUAAAGAUUUGGGAAAUCCCAAUAGUGCUACCGUACAAGCGCUGCGUUAUAUUCCUGCUAUGCCCUUUUUACCCUGAAAAUGAUAUAUAAUUUGUUGUGAAUGAAAAUUAUGUUGUAAUGAAAUUUAUUUUA